UUCUUUUUUCUGCUGCACUUCUCCAUUUUCUUCCUCUGUUUUGAUUCAGCAGACGUUUGAACAAUUCAUCACACACUGUGUAUUGAUCGUCUAAAACAGAGUUGAUUAUCUCUUUCAGAAUCAAGUCAGAAUGAAGAUAGCAGCCUUUAAUGGCAAGAACCUGGGACAGAAGAAAGUCCAUGACAAGUUUGUCAUCAAACACCUCACCAAGAUCAUAUCUCGGUACAGUGUGAUUGUCAUGCUGGAGGUGGUGGAUAAGAGCGGCAAAGCCAUGGAAACGUUACUUCAAGAACUCAACAAAACUGAAAAACAACCCUACCUAAAGACUGCCAGCAAACAACUGGGACGAGACACCUACAAGGAGCAGUACGUCUGUUUCUACAGACCAGAUGAAGUGACCCUGAAGGAUUCACACCAGUAUGAAGAUAAUCAGGCUGGAGAUGAAGAUGCUUUUGCCAGAGAGCCUUUCAUCCUGCGCUUCGAUUGUCCAACUACAGUUGUUGAAGAUCUGGUCCUGAUUCCAGUCCACACAAAGCCAGAUGACACUCCGAAGGAGCUGGACGAGCUGCAUGAUGUGGUUGAAGACAUCAGGAAGAAAUGGAAAAAUGAUAACAUUAUGAUUUUGGGGGACUUUAAUGCAGAUGGACCUUAUCUCUCCAAGAAGAAGAAGGAAAAGAUCCGCAUCUGCUCUCCUCCCUACAAGUGGCUCAUUGCUGACGAUGUCGACACCACGGCUAGCAACAAAAAUGAUAACACCUACGACAGAAUUGUGGUGUAUGGGGACACUAUGCUGAAUGCCAUCGUCCCCAACUCGGCCAAGUCUUUCAACUUUCAGAAAGAGUUUAACCUGACCGAUGAGGAGGCCCGGGGCAUCAGUGACCAUUACCCCGUGGAGGUGGAGCUGAAGACCAAAGAUGCGACUGCGAUGGCGUCUGGGGAAGGAAAACGGAAGCAAGGACAAGCAUCCAACACGCCAACCAAGAGAGGACGUAAGAAUGUUUAGUGUUAAACUUGCUAUUAAUUUUUAAAAUUUGUGUUGCUCCAGUUAAAGUGUGUAAUUUUUUUUUUCAAUUCAGUUUUUCUUCAGAUUUAACUGAAAUCAAAUCAAGGUUAUUUUUUGGAUAUCAUUCACUCACAGAAAUUAUGUUCAAUAAAAAGAACCUGAUUCACAAGUUGCUUCAUGUUAUGAGUAGCACUUGGCCAGGGUGCGACAAAAGAACUUCCUUUUAACAAGAAGACACCAGUACCUGGUGUGUGCUGCACAAUAUGUACACCCUACUGAACAUACCCACUUUAAAUAAAACAGCGGUGAAAAUGCAACUUUCUUGUGUCCUUCAGAGGCUGAACUCCCUGACAGUUUCAAUCAAUGACCAUAAGUAAGAGGCCUUUCAGGUGCCUCUGUGUUAUCUUGAGUUCUUUUCUAACAUCCUGAGCAGUUGUAAAAAGGAACCUUCUCUUUGUCAGGCGCUGUCAUAAAGUCUCAAACAUUUUAGGAAAAUAUUAAGUAAUUUGGAUUGAAGCAAACAGGAAAUGCAAGGUGUUGUUGUCUUUAUAACUGCCUCCUCACAUCCUUUUGUGCAUCCUUUUUCCUCAACUAUCGCAUGUUUCAGUCCCAUUUAUUCCCCGCUGCCUCGGUCUCAGUAUGAUAGAUUGUUGUUACUCAUGCUUUAGUGGAUGUGGAUUUCUACUCCCUGGGAAGCCUCCACUUCACAGAUCGGUGGUAUGUUACUCAUUAUCUUGAGCUGAAUUGAGCUAUUUCACUGGUAGUACACAGGUGUGACACGUGCAGCUGGAUCAGCCUCAUACAGACUGCCUUCUCCGCGCAGACGACAACAUUUGUCUUUAUCAUCUGUGACGUUAACACUGUUUUAUAACAGCUGUUGGUCAAACAGUUGAGUCGUAGACUUGAUUUUCAGGAGCCGCUGCAGACAUACCAGGAAAUAAACGUGGGGAAUAUUUGGUCUUUAAUGAUGCGUGUCUGCUUUAACACGACACACAGUCUGCUGUGCCGUUGGUUUUCACUUCUCCCCAUUAACACGAUGAAGAACAAUAAGUUAAACGGUUCAGUAAAUGUUAUUGUUCUGCAGACACACACUUUGAUAUCCUCCUGAGAACUGAGGUAAAUAGUAUCUGUCAGAGUAACUUUUUGUGAUUUACGUGCCCACUGCAGAGGACAUAAUGAACAGGCGGGGUCUCAGGAGGAUAUGACUUGAGGAUGUUCGGCCCUACAACUAAGACAUGCAUGUUAUAGCUUCUCCACUCAGAUGCAGCGUUAAUCCAUUAAGGGUGCACUGUGAUUAACCUGUGGCACACCUGCCACUAGCAUUUACUAGAAAGCGGGAUUUUGUUUCAUCCUGGUAAUUUCAAGGUUUUGUUUUCUGCGAAUGUGAUUAACGUCUUACCUGGGUUACUAUGGCGAUUAUAAAUCAACAGGUAUGAAAUUACCACGCACUCUCCUGUCAGUUCUCCGAAAAAGUAGUGUCCCAAGAAAUGAUUAUAGACUCAACUUUAUUAUUUGAUUUUUUUCUCCUGUUUGCUGGGAACAAUGCUACAACAGUUUUAUUGUUUUAUAAACAUCAGCCUCAGUUUGCACGUAGACUUCAGUUUUAAUAUUUGUCUUUUACUCUCAGAGUGUUAAACAUCAGUGGCGCUGCAGCUGAAAAAAACCUAAAACUGUCCUUUAAAGAUAAAUUUAAUAAAAUACUCGAUUACCAGAUUCUCUGUUAACUUACACAGCUGGAUGGCUUGCUGUAGGCUUCAAAUCAAAUUGUCAAAUUUGAUUGUCGUAAUCCUUCUUUCAGUCUGAUCAUUCAUUGAUCGCUGCUGAUAGUAAAUUAUACUCCACAGUGAGUUAUUAUCACGUAGCUGAUUUAUUGUCUUACUGGGUUGUUUUCAUUAUGUAUUAUGUGUGUAACAUCUUCAUAUUUUUACUAAAUUAUAUAUUAUUUUUCCUUUGGCACAAUAAUUAAUCAGUGUGAUUGGUCAGAUGCUGUCAGCUCCACACCUUUUACGUGACACGCUCAUACCUGCAACAGGAAACACUGCUUUAACUUAGCUGAAAACAGCCUUCGUGUGACCACUUAUCCUGACUGCCAGUGUCAGUGUUAGAGACCAGGAAAGAAACGCCGGUGUCCUGGAUUCAUUCUGACAGUUGCUAUAUUGCAUCCAGACAUGUGCUCUGCAACUGUAACUGUAUUUACUGCUGCCUAAAAAAACAAGUCAAUAAACUUUGGAUAAAAUGUCAUAUUACUAUAUUUAGGAUGAUUACUUAUGUGGGAAUAUCACCAACUUAACUCGCAGGCUUUGCUUGUGUGUGAAAAAUAACUCACAACAAUAAAUAAACAAAAUCAAAUAAAUGCAUUUAUAAAGACAUAUUUUACGACACAUCUGUUUGACAUUAAUCUGAAACAUCGGUUCAGGAACGCUGCUGCUUUGCUUUCUUCUUUUACCUUUUGGGGUUUUUAUGUUUUCAUGCUGUCUUUUCUCCUUUUGUUUGGCUUCUUGUUUUGCUGGAGUUUAAUUUUGUUAUUUUCACUGUGUUCCAUCAUUGUAAACCCACACAUGUGUUUCAUGUUUCUAUCCUCUCCGUUUUGGACAUUCAGUUUAUGUAGUGAAA